UUGGUGUCCUCCCAUUGCCUUUGGUCCGCGGCAACACAGACUACACUGACACUACUCUGAACUCUCAUUCUUUUUCUCACUCUUUUUCUCUCUCUCUGCUCUCUGCUCUCUGCUUAGCAAAGGUAAACUUGAACCGCUUGAAUUGAACAACCCAAAAUAUAUAUUGUAUUUAUAUUUCUCUUCCAUUUGUCACCAACAAAAAAAAAAAGAACUGACUAUAAUUUUUGGGUUUUCUUUGAAUGGUUUUCUCUUGCUCUUUAAUGGCAAUUAUGGUCAUUGGUAUAUCCUUUUGUAUUAAGAUGAAUUCUCUAUACAACCAUCUGUGAAGAACUGUUUAAGUUUUGGUACCCUAUUUUUACCAUUGUUAUUGUGCUUCUAAUUCUUCUUUGCUCAAAGAAUUAUGACUAUUUUUGAUUGCCAACCACUUCAUUGAAUAUGAAAGCUUAUGACUUUUUGCUUUUUAAAUUUAUAUUCUUCAAAUAUGGUGUUGUUUUGUAAAUGGGUUUGUUUUUUUAAUGUAUCUAUGUCGAUAAGUUGUUUGUUCAACACACCAAAGCAAAAGAAUGUUAUGUGCACUGAAAAAUCAUGUAUGGUAUAUUCUGUACCUUGUUUUGAGAAACAUAAUGCGUGUGAAUGAAAAUUAAAGGGUAUCCACUACUAUUAGUGUAUGAUUUAUAUAUGCAACAGUUUUAACAAUAUAAAAUGGAGGAAGAGCCUUCUAGUGAAGCUAAAGAAUUGGUGGACUCUUUUGUGGCUUUGGAAGAAGAAGGUGAUGAAUGUUGUGUUGUUGAGGAUGUUGAAGCUCCAAUGGUAUUGGAUGCUGCAAGCGAGCACGAUGUGAAUCUUGAGUAUUCUGAGAGUUUGGUAGGUGGGGUUGUAGUGCCCACAUUGGGGAUGGAGUUUACUUCAGAGGAUGAUGCGAGGAACUUUUACAAUGCGUAUGCUAAGCAAAGUUUUAGUAUUCGUGUGAACUCAUACUAUCGUUCAAGGAAAGAUAAUUUGAUUAUAUCUCGAGAGUUUUGUUGUUCUAAAGAAGGGUUUUGUCGAGAGAGGUGUGGUAAAAGGAUAGAUUCAGGUGAUGACAUGAAAAGGAGGCGUGCUAGACCUAUCACAAGGGAAGGUUGUAAAGCUUUGAUGACUGUGAGAAAACGAGAUAAUGGGAAAUGGUUUGUGGCAAAACUAGAGAAGAACCACAAUCAUGAGCUAGUGACUCCAGCAAUGCGGCAUUUUCUUCGGUCACAUAAGCAGGAUUUUGAUCCCAGCAAAUGUUUGAGUCACUCUUGCAGUUCCCCUGGAAUGGGUCUAAGUGAUCCCGUUAAUGUCUUGAUUAACGAUUCCAACGGUUUUGAUAAAUUGGUCUUUACUGCACAGAAUAGUGUCAAUUACAUUGGAAGGGGAAGGCUGAGCACUUUUGGGAUAGAUGCUCAAAGUCUGCUCAGGUUUUUUAAGGUUAUGCAAGCUAGUGAUCCUGCAUUUUUUUAUGCGAUACAGGUUGAUGAAGAAGAUCGGUUAAGUAGUGUUUUCUGGGUUGACACAAGAUCCAGAAUUACUUAUAAUCGUUUCUCUGAUGUUGUAGCCUUUGAUACCACUUAUCAGGUGAAUCAGUACAAAAUGCCAUUUGCACCUUUUACUGGAGUAAAUCACCAUAAACAAUCAGUGCUGUUUGGUUGCACAUUGCUUGCAGAUGAGACUGAAUCCACAUUCAUCUGGCUUUUCACAACAUGGCUUGAGGCAAUGUCUGGACAGCAACCUGGCUUAAUCAUAACUGACUACGAUUCAGCCAUAGGUAGAGCAGUCAAACAUGUUUUUCCCCAGUCAAGGCAUCGAUAUUGCAAGUGGCAUAUCAUGAGCAAAAUGCCUAGGGAAAUGGGUGAUACAUAUAGCUCUCUACCAAGAACAUUUCAAGUAGAAUUUGAUAGGUGCAUUAAUAAGAGUGAGACACCUGAUGAAUUUGAAUCUGCUUGGCCAGUGCUUCUUGAUAAGUACAACCUUAGAGGAAAUGAAUGGCUUCAAUCACUUUAUAUUGACCGCAAAUUGUGGGUGCCAACAUAUGUAAUAGACACAUUCUUUGCUGGAAUGUAUGCUACCCAGCAAAGCACAAGUGUAAACUCACUUUUUGAUGGCAAUGUGAAUGCAAGGACUACCUUACAAGAUUUUGCAGAGCAAUAUGAAAAGGCUUUGGACGAUCGAUAUGAGAAAGAAGCAAGGGCAGAGUUUGAAACCUUUUAUACGAAACCAGUUUUGAAGACACCACUUCCUAUGGAAAAGCAAGCAGCAGACAUUUACACAAGAAAAUUCUUCAUAAUAUUUCAGGAAGAAGUUUUUGAAUCUCUUGCACUUGCUGUCAAAUUCACUGGAGAGGAUGGAGGAAGGGGCACAUAUAAGUGUUUAAAGCAAAGAAUGUCUUUAUGCUUCCACACCAUUAUAUCUUAAAGCGAUGGACAAGAAAUGCCAAGGAUGAGGCCAUUUUGGAUGUACAGGGCCAUGGUGAAAUGCAAGGCAAUUCUCAGAAAGGCACGAAGUUGCAGUACAAUAUUUUGUGUCAGGAAGGCAUUAAAUGUGCGGAGGAAGGGAU